GAGAUGUCCUCAAAUUGAACGAAUGAUCGAUGAAAACAAUAUUAGUUGGUUUGAAAAUGAGAAUUUAAAAGAAAGUAAAAGUUUUACAACAUUCACGUUUUCGAUAAAUUUGAAAUGAUUCGAUAAGAACCGUGCAGAUUAUUUGCAAAUGGGAUACAGUUCAAGAAUCUUGAAGAGACACAUCAAUAUCGAACGAACUUUGUUUUCCUCCAUUCAAACGUAUUAACAAUUAGAUUAAACGAAUUACGAAAGUGAUCGAAUUUAAAAACAAAUGAAAGUAUAAAAAAAUGAGAUAAUGUUGCAAAUAUAAUUCGGCAAUAAUUGGUAUAAGGAUAUUUUAGUGUUGAUUACCUCGACCAUCAAAUCUAAUAUUUACAUUCAAUUUGUUUGAUUGCGAACUCUUUACAUGUUUGAUAAAGAAACAUUGUGAAAAUUACAUGUGGCCAAUUUGAUAUUUUAACGAUUGCAUAGUAUACCAAAAUGACAAAUAGGAUCAUGUUUAUUAAGAAAUCGAUAAUAAUUCAUACGCAAGUCGUGCAACAUUUUAAUUCACUGUGAUGGGAUGAAAGAAGCGAAGUUGACGGUGAUGCACUGGUGUUAUCUAUGGAAAUAAGUGGAAUACAGACUAAUAGAAUGCGGACAUUAUACAAAUCAUAUGACACGGGUGCGGGCAUGGGCACGAGUUCACGAGCACGGGUACACGAACACGAACUCAAACACAAGUACACUAGUCCAUCCAUGUUAGCGUGAUUUGCCAUCUCUGUCGAACCACCACCACGAAGUACAGAGAAAAAGUGGAACAGAAUUUUCGGUAGACUUUGCGCGCCCAUCAUUAAACCAUCGUGUGACACAUAUUGAGGCUCCAGCUAACCCUUAAAAAUUAAUGUAUACACUAUUGUGAAUGACGUCCAAUCAAUUUCCAUCCGAAUGUCGGUCGUUACUAAUUGAUUGAAAUUUCAUUUGAAAACACGAUUUCAAAAAUGCCAAUUGCCAAAUUUGGCAAAUCUUCCUUUUAGUUUUGUUUUUUUUUUUUUUUUGCGAAAUUCUUUCCAUCAUUCGAUUCUAUCGAUCGAACUUUGAGGGUUAACAGAAAGAUGCUGUACAAUGGAAAACGUGUAAAUUAGGGGAUACAAGCAUGUUAAUCUUGAUUUUUGCGUUUGCGCUGCAUCGAAUGCGUCAAUUUGAAUACCACCAGAGCCACACAUUGUUUGUGAAACACAUUUUAACAAGUGCUUGAGACACAAAUUUGGAAUUUUCUAAUACCAUCUAUAUGAACAUUUCGAUGCUUUUCAUUUACAAUUUGUUUCUAUUUUCCUAAUAAUUUUCACAAUUGUUUGAGCGCUUCAAGAUACAAAUGAGAGUUGUGAGAUUUUUGAAUAGUUUCACGGUUGCGGUUGUGCAAAAGAUGGCGCUGGCAAAUAUUCUAUCGUAAUCACAUUUCCACUUAUUUAGCAGCGUUAAAGGCGAAAAAAUAAUUGCGUUGUGAUGGAAAAGCAUGUCUUGAACAUUUUUUUUUUUUGACCGUUGCUUUACGAAUAUAACUGAAAAUAUUUCUUUAAAAAUGUGUAUUGGUCAGCAUUCAGUGUAGGGUACACGAGACCACGAGAGAAACGUCGAUAUUUUUUGAAAUGGGAUGUGCACGCGCUCUCAAGAUUAAAACCACGUAGAGUUAAGUUUUUACACCGAGUGACAGUUUGCAACUUUUCUCCUGCGUGUUCUCUCGCACAGAAAAUUCAUAUGUGGAGUUUCUCUAUAGUCUCAAUAAAUGAGAUAUAAAUCGCAUGUUCGUAAAUAUCGAUUCAUUGCGCACGCAAUUCAUUCAUCGCAUUUUGUAGUCAGUGCCGUUUGAAGCCAUCGAGAAGAAGGGAUCGGCAUCCCGUUACGAGCUCCGUGUCUCGUAAAUAAUGUUUUUUUUGACGGUACAUUCACUUUUUUAACCGUCCCAAUUAUAAUUUCAUUCCAGAAAUAAUUUUAUCAUCAUUUUCUUGUUAGUAAAAAAAACGAUUGAAAAUAAGAAGAAAAAAUUCAACAAAAAUAUUAAAAAAUAAUAGAACUUUUUAAUAAAAAAAAAAAAAAACGUAAUCAACCAAAACAAAACAACAAAACGAACCGAAAGAACGAACGAAUGAAUGAACGAGCCAACUCAGAGAUAGCAAAAUUUGUUAUAGAAAUUCCAAAAACAAGUUUUAACCGAAACAAACGAAAUGAAACGCCAUACAAUUUCGAUUUAAGGAUACAACGUGUUUUUUUUUUCAAUGAACUGUGCUUGCGAUUUCGCGGAUAACAGGAAAACGUUCAGUGAAAUUAGUGCAACGCGUGUGUUUGUGCAGUCGAGAAAAGAGAAACGGGGAGAAGAACGAAAUUCAAAGAAAAAAAAAACAACUGUCGAAAUACGUUCAGCAUCUUUAUCAAUCGACGCGUAUUUACCGAGAAUCGAAUGAAAGAAAACGGGUUGAAAAAUUGUGCACACGUAGAAAUGAAUGUAGAAUUGUGUUCAAAAUGAUUGCAGUGUCAAUGAAUAACAACAUAAUAUCAAAUCAUUCAAUUCGAAACAGUGUUUUUAAUCGUAGCGUUUUAUUGAGUUUGUAAAAUUUAUUUGUUCGCAAUUUCGACUGUUAAUUACCCCAUCGGCCAAGUAACAAACUGGACGACGAUGGGGCCAUGAGCUUAAGCUACAAUAUCAUUUCGAGUCGCAAGUGCGUCUCAAUCGUGCUUGCACCAUGCUAGCACUGCUGAACCUGAGGUCAAUAUGCGACCAGGACCUGGGCUGGUCGUGAUGGCGCUUGCGUUUAUUUCGGGAGCUCGACGAAGCACAAGUCAACAGAGCAAUCCCACAAUUGAAAGAAAUUCAAAUUUACCGAAAGAAGAACAAACAGGAUUCUUAGCUCAACUAAAUCCAUGGUUGUCUGCUUGCGACGUGGCAAAUCCAAUAACAGCACCGGAUCUUCAGGGUCAAUGUUCAGUAAGCGGUAGCACACUGCCUAAACAUUGGGUAAACGAAGGCCCUGGACCACCAAUAUGUGCGCAGUCCUGCAGUGAAAAAUAUAAAACAAAUUUCGCCAGUAAAACAACAGAUAGUAAUUUAAAUAUGGAUGAGAAAAAUCGGUUUUAUGAAAAACAACAGUGCCUUGAUUAUUUGGGCGAUGAUAAAUUGACUUCUAGUCCUGAACAAAUUUGUAAAAAAUCAUCACGUGAAAUAUCGAACAAACUACGUACAUUACGUUUAAGACAUUGUUGCGAACGAAAUGUUUACAGUGCAUUGCAUGACGAUGGAAUGUCAGCUGUAACCAAAGGUGGCAGAGAAUGCGAACAAAUAUUACAAAACCUUAUUGAGGCGGACGCAUUAGCUAGUAGGAUUACAUGUGGACUUAAUGAAAUUCUAUUUAGAUAUGAUUGUAGGCAAGUUUAUUCGAUAAAACAUGGAUGCAAUGAUUGCAAGGAGGCGUAUCGCAGAUGGGUCUGUAGCACAUUAAUUCCAUAUUUUGCUGAACCAAUCGAUAUCAGGCAGAGUCGAAACAAGGAAAAUAAGGAGAAUACCAACAAUAAUAACAAUAACAAUAAUAUUAAUUAUAAUAAUAAUGUUAAUAAUAAUAAUGAACCCAAUUCAAAAAGUCUACGUUCAUCGCUGACCGAUGAAGAAGAUAAAAAAACUCAGGUUGGUUUGGUGUCUGAUGAUCCUGUUGUAUUUAAAAUACUAAAUAGAUCAAAACGAAAAUCUACUUCAGAGAAACGGCGAAAGAGAAUAAGACCAUGUCUGAAAAUUUGCCAAAGUGUUGAAGAACGUUGUCCAUAUUUAUUGCCUGGUGACAGAUCGCCUGGAUACAAUACGCAGUAUGCAGGCGAGCCAACAUUCCUCUGUAAUGAUCCAAACAUUCCCGAAACUGGUGAACAACUGGCAAAAUCUAACAAUGGGGCUGAUAACUGUUGUUACGAGUAUUGUAAUUCGUUUUCGGUAUACAUGGGUGCAUGCGCUUAUUGUGACUCAGUUGAACCCGAUCCAGCUGAUAGUCAAACUGAUGUGCAGUUGAUCCAAAAGAAGCCGGUCGACGAAACUAAGAUGCUUCAACAGCGAUAUGAUAGCUCUAGCGUAGCGAAGCUAGAUACACCGCCUCAAACCUGCCAACUGUUGCCGGGUCUGUCGCUAACAAGUACACGAUGUGAAAUCCCAUACUAUGCAUCAUCCUUUGACAUGACAACAUUGCACUCUACGGACACAUCAACACCGUCGACAGUGUCAACAUCAACGAUGGCCGAAAGUACGUGAAUCUAGUUUACAACGCACGCACAAAGACCUAGGAAAACGUUUUUUUUUUUAAAAUUGUACUGAAUACUUUGCACGGAUGCUUCAAGAUUCGUAUGUCAUCGGUUCUUGAACGAAAAAGCUCAUUUCAUAACCCCCAUUUGACGCUGUGUGCGCUAUUAUUAUUGCUGUUAUGCCUGUGCACAUACAUAUGCACCAUGAUAUGCAUAUAUAAAUGAAAUAUAUGUCGCCUUUUUCGCAAAACUGUUCCCGAACAAAACAUCGAAUUAUUGGGUGUGAAUACAAUCCCCCCAUCUGUUAAAUAGCCACGACCAAUGGUUUUAUAUCCGAAAACAAACUGGUCUAAUCCUUGUCGAUGAAAAACAACACGGUUCAGCUUCAAAUCUACAAAAUGUUCUACACUCACACUGACUUAUCGAAAAAGGUUCGCGCAUCAAAUCGAAUAAUAAUUGCCAACAUGUCGAGGAAGCUCCAAUCUAGCGCUCGGACUAGAUGCUAAAUACAAAUAAUUAAAUCAUAAUUCAUCAAUGACUAAUCAAACCAAAACUUUCAACGAUCAUUAUCGAACAGUAUAGUUUUUCGUCUAGUUUGAUUUUUGUUUCCGGAAAAGAUGCAGUAUGCUCACAAAGCCGAAAAUUGCUUCACAAUUUUGCUAUAUUUUGAUUUAGUUUAUGAAAUCUAUCUUAAUAAAUGCAGAAAAACAGGAAAAAAAUACAACUGGACGAGUGCAGUGACUGAGCGUCAGAUUUACACCACUAGCCAUGCUCACAAUCCAAUUUGAUAAACUUUGAUACAUUUACAAAUUUGGACAAUAUCAUGGAACCUGUUGUAAUGAACUAACACACUCAUAUACUAUUGACGCGCUAAGGAGAGAACAACCAAUGAAUCGAAAAAUUAUAUCGCUGCAAGGGCUGCACCAUAUAUUGAUCCAUUUUGCCGAAUUCUAGUUUUCAUGAUAGUGAACAAAAAAAAAAAAUUAAAUAAAUACUAUAACAGUAACAAUAAUGAAAAAAAAACCAUUUGAAGGGAAAAAAAAGUAUUAAAAUAAUAAAUUAAAAAUGAAAGUAUAUGAAAAUAAUAGCA